AUGAUUUCGCCUGUCCAGCACGCCGAUCAUGUCACCGACUCCGUCAUCGGGACGGCCUGGAUAGAUAGCCGGGUCGAGGAUGCCGAGGACCCUGGGUACGGCGGUGGCGGCCCUCCUAUUCGAGACCCCGUUGCUAUAUUACGACAGUACGCCCCCUCUCCGGAGGCCUGGGACGCUGCGGAACCCUCCCACCGCGGAUGUUUUAUCGGCCAGCCCUGUCGCGUGACAGAGAAGGGGCCCUGCGCUCGCAUCACGUACCUCUCUCAGUUCUACCAUGCCUAUGGAACCUGCCGCAGAUGGGGUCCUGACCACGUCUACUGCGAUACAGCUUUGGACGAUAAGCGGUCCCUGUUCCCCAACUGUGCCGAGUGUGGCGUCUUGGUUGAGAUUUGGGACCUUGUUCUUGUGAACCGCCGACUUCUGCAGGACAAGCAGGUCUUAACGGCAGAAGACUAUAGGCUGGUGCAGGGCAGUAUCUGUGGCUAUGUCGAAGCCUACAAGGUACGGAGGGCCGCCCAUGUGGCCGAGCUGCGAAGCAGGGCUGAUGACGUGUUCGAGGCACGAGUCAAGUUGGUAAUGGAGGAUACAAAGGCACCUGUAGACACAACGACAUCGUGGUGGCUUCUUCUUGUCAGUAGGGUUGUCGCUGCACUAGCGAGGGGCUAUCGGAGAUUUCGUCAAGGCAAUUGA